AUGUCAGGUAUUUCCGCAGCGACUUUGAAAAAGCCGCAUAAUCGAAACCCAACAGGGAGGAACCAGCAUAAGGACUGUCCCCCGAAGAAUGACAAUAAGGUUACGGAGCUUCUGUAUGACUAUCAGCGGAGAGAGAUAUUUGAUAAGAAGAAGAUAAGUCAACUCCUGUAUGAUGAGCACGGCAUCAAGCUGAGUGAAAGUUCGGUGGCUCGCAGACGAAGAGCUCUAGGUCUUUAUGCAAGCGGCGUGACUACUCGACAGCUGCCCGAGACGGUCAAACGACAGCUCGUGCUCACUCAGAUGUCGAAAGAUCCGGAAAAGAAGCUUGGUCCUCGGAUGAUCAAACAGCUGAUUGCUCGUGAUACCGGUAUCCAUCUGACAAGGGACUAUAUCAGGGCUGAGAUGAUGAGACAAGACCCUGAGGGUUUCGCAUCCAGAGACACUUCCGUGAAGAAGACGGACACUUUGGAGAUCAGCGAUGGAGGACCUAUGAUCCAUACCAUGACCUUGUCGCCGACAUGUUGA